AUGAGCAUUGAACCGACUUUCAUAGGAUAUAUUGAAACAACACAAGAUACACUUCUUUUGUUCGAAGCAUGUCGAAGAGGUAAUCUCGUAAAGAUAAGUAGACGUCUUCAAGAAAAAGAACGCAAAAUAAUAACUUCAGGAAGCGUAUUCAUUUUUGAUGAACGCGAAUCUGGGAUAAAACGUUGGACCGACGGGUUGCUAUGGAGCCCUUCACGCAUCCUUGGAAACUUUCUUAUUUAUCGUGAACUGGAUAAACGUACACCGGCAGGAAAGAAGGAAACCACAACGAUGGAACGCCAAAGAAGUAACAGCACAGACACAGAAUUUCAAGUCGAAAAAAAUAAGGAACGCGCUUUAGUUGGUAGUUUAACCAACACAUAUCGUUUCAAGAAAGGAGGUUUAAUUAAAAAAACAAUGUCUAUAAUGGUGAAUGGAGUAAAUCAUCACAUGAUCAGCUAUUAUACUAAAGAAGAUGUACUUGCCUGUAAGCUCAAGAUCCCUUCUGCGAUUCCAGAUCUGGCAAUUCUUGAAAUUGCACCCGAAUUUUUAUUAAAACAAAACUUUAGGAUACCGCCAGUAAUCGAAUCGAAUUACGAACAAAGUGAACUAAAUUCAAAAAAUCUAAUUUCUUACGAAAAACAAUCACCAGCUACCACCGCUUCACAUCACACGAUUAUCACAAAGUCGGAUGAAAACACGUCUCGUUUAAGAGCUAAAAUUGAAAAUUCGAAUUCUUCAGGAGUCAACGUUUAUUAUUCUGGUUCCUUAACUCACAAUUAUCCAAAUACAUACGUUUCACAUGGUCAUAAUACUACAACUUCGAAUGUUUUUGAUGGGUCACACACGUUACCAAUGCCCUCGGUACGUGAAUUCAUGAAUCGGCAAUCAUAUGAAUUUCCACCAAUUAUAUCACUUGGAAAUAAUACAACGCCGAGGCUGUUAUCCCCAUUAAUGCCUAGCUUUAGUUCACAGAUAGAUUAUAAUAAUUAUUAUCAUCAAACACAAAAUAAUUCGAACGGACAAAACAGUUCUUGGCCUGAAUAUCAAUAUUCUUCGUAUUCAUCAAACUCGUCACAUCCUCAUAACUCGGGAAAUCAUCUUCCAUCCAUGAAUCAUCAAUCUCAACCUAGUAAUCAUCAUGCAGAAACGAGUAGUGACAUGUUUUAUACGGCUACUACAACUCACAACAUUAACACGUUUAAUGACCAAGAUCCCUUCCUACCCGACUUCACCGCGAGCACUUCCAAUAAUAACAGUUCAAGCAACGAUCCUGUAACCCCUCUUAGUUCUCCCGGUAAUACCACCACAAUCGUCAACUCGGGUUUUAGCUCCAAUUACUCUCCGUAUUAUCCAUCGCUCAUAAAAAACGAUGCGGUUUCGAUGUCAUCUAAUAAUUCUUUCAUGUAUGGUCAUUACUGA